AUGUCUUCUUCACUUGUAAAGAUCGAAGACCAACACCACCUCCCCAAAGAUCUUUACCAUCUCUCAAUCAAAGAUCUGAUUGGAAAGGUGACUGAAGAAGAAGAGAAUCACCCUGUAGGAUUUGGAAAGCAUGGUGGAAUAUGCGCAAUUUGUUUGGAGGUGAUAGUGCUACAAGAAACUGCUCUUGUAAAAGGUUGCGAGCAUGCUUACUGUGUAACAUGCAUCCUUCAUUGGGCCACAUACAGUAAGAAAGUUACCUGCCCUCAGUGCAAACACCCAUUUGAGUUCCUCGCCGUUCAUCGCACACUUGAUGGGAGUAUUCAAGACUACAUGUUCGAUGAAAGUGUUUGCCUACUACUUCGGGCCAAGUGGUUCAAGCCUUUAAUUGUUGAAGAGUGUGCAGUUGUUGACGAAGAUAUCUAUCAAGAGAUAGAAGACUAUUAUAAUCAGUAUGAAGAAGCUGACGUUGAUCUAGAUGAUGACGAGGCUUAUUAUGGUGCUUCAGCAAAUGUCCGGCUUGGCAACCGUAGAUGGGGAGACAACGGUUUUGUAAGGGCUGGGCGUCAAGAGGCUCGGCCAGUCAAUCGACCAAGCUUCAAUGAUUCAGGAGCAAGUUCAUCGCGCGAGCCAAAGAAGAAAGAACAAGAGUGUCCAAAAGUUAUGACAGGAAGACGGGCAAAGAGGGCCCUGAAAAGGGAAGCUGCUAAUAAGGCAGCUGAAGUGAAGCAUCAGAAGCAUUUGGAUAGGUUGGGUAGGAACUAG